AUGAAGGAACCUUUUCUAGUACGAUUUGUGGUCUUGAACAAUUUUGCUACUUAAUAUUAGGAGGAGGAGAUUAAAUUGCCUUUAAAAAAAAUCAAUUAGAUGUAUACAAUCACAAAAGAGAGAUUUAUAAGAUUUUUAGAGAAAAGGAGUUUACUAUAGCCAUCAGAUUUGAAAUAAAUACAUUUUGAAUUUUUCGACAAAUCCUAAAGUAAAUUUUAAUAGGAAAAACAAGUAUUUGAUGCUAAUAAUAAUUUAUUCAGUUUUCCCCAAGAAUUUUUUGGAAUGCCAGAAACUUUGGAGAUAAAGUUAAUUUAUGAAAUCAAUUAUUGGAACAUUAAAGGGUUUGAUAUAGAUUUUUUAGAGUGCGAGGAGAAAAAAGAAAAAUUAAAUUAAGAGCAAUAGAAAUUAAUGAACGAGUUAGAUAAAUAAAAGCAGUUGUUUCAAGAGAUGAAGGAAGAUUUAAAUGAUAUGUACGACUUAGCCAAGGAGCAGAUUAAAAUUAAAAAAAAGAAAGAAGUUGAUAUUGUUGUACUUUAUAGCAGUCCUUUGAUAUAAUUGGAGAAUAAUAUAUAAGAAGCGCUAUUUACUGAUUAUGAGGGUGAAAUAAAGAAUAUUGAAGCUGAAAUUAAAAAUUCAGCCAAAGAAAUAGAAUAUGAAAUUUUAUUGGCUACAAGGGACAAUUUGGAUGAAGCUAUGAAAUGGAAUCCCUAAAUAUUGCAUUUAAUAAUGAAUGGGGAUUAUGAUUUGAAUUCUGGUUAUUAUUUUGAACUAUAAGAGGGUAGUCUUGUAGAAAAAUUGACUCUGGAUGGUCUCAUUUAAAUAAUGUCAUAUCAUUAAAGAAAACUCAAACGAUUAAGGUUGAUUUGCAUAAGUUCGAUGAUAGCGAAGGAUAUAAUAUAGGUUCCACAGGCAAAUGAUAAUAAUCCAUAUUUAAUUGAAAAUGUGUAAAACUUUGCAUCAGUAACCUUUGUAGGAUAAGUAAAGCUUUUCAAUUAAGAUGACAAUUUAGGAAACUAAUUUUGGAGAUAUUUUUAUAAAUAAUUGAUUGAAAACAAAAGCUUUAAAGAUUCAUACGAUAUAGCAAAGAAAAAAGUAGAUGAGCUGUUUAAAGUCUAUUUAAAAGAAAAUCCAAUAAGCGUUAAAAUAUGCUGUUGCUUUCAUGAACAUGACUAAGAAUGUUUGAAAGAUCCUGCGAAGAUUGGAUAUACAAAAUCUCAUUAAUUGCACUUAAAAUGCUCUAAAUAAAGAUUCAAUCAUUUUUGCGGAAAACAGUAUAAAAGUGUGGAAUAAUGUGAAAAAGGUUGUUUAGGUUAAAUUUAUCAUGACAAUGAAGAUGAAUAAUGCUAGGUUAAUGAACAUAAUUGCAACAAUUAUGAAUCUAGAUUUGAUGAUAUUUCAAUUAGUCUCAAUAUAAAAAAUAAUCAAACUCUAAGCAGUGAGAUCUUAAAUAUUAAUAUACCGAUUGGAUUAUAGAUUUAGAACAAAGAAAAAGAAAAAAAUGUGUGUUGUUGUUUUGAAUAUCAUGUGUUUCAAAAUAAACUUAAUGAUAAUUACCCAAUCAAUUAAAAUAAAUAUCUGCAAAAAUAACAUCAACUCUCUCAAAAGUUUGUCAUCAGAUUAGUUAAAGGAUAAAAUUAAUUAGAUAUGAAAGAAUUACUAAGUUUUGAAAAAAAAAUUAAUUACUUAUAAAUUAAUAAAUAAAUCAUCAUUAUUCAUAGCUAGGAUUGCUCUAAAGAAAAUUUUAGUUUGUUAAUAUAGAUAUUAAAAAAAUACUUUGAAAAAUAUUAUACAAAUAAAAAUUUGGAACUUAUAACCUUUUCCAAUGAAGAUCAUCCUUAAUCAAUUUAAGAAUUGAUUCAAAAUGUUAAUUAAUUUUGCUAAAAAUAUUUAUCAAACGAUAAAACAUUCAAAAUUCUUUGUCUCUCAAAGAUUGAUAACUAUUGUAAAGACGAGCAAUUCAAAUAGUUUUAUGAAAAUUUACUUGACUAAUUCUAAUCUUAAGAAAAUCUAGUCAUUAUCAUCGAAGCUAGUUACAACAACAUUAGAUAUCUAAAACAAUCUAGUCUAGAAGACUUUUUUCAAUUAAUUAAUUAUGAUGAAAUUAAAGAAUAGCUCAUUAAAUUAAAAUGUGAAAAAUAAUGA